AUGCAACCAGGAAUUUACAAAUUCAUAAACCGCCAGAGCGGUACAGCAAUGGACCUGGCCAAAGACGACUACGCGCAUGUUGUCGGCUCUCCACCUUGUGAUGAUUUCAUCCAAAAGUGGGAAGUAGCACCUCUGGGAGCAGGAUACACCAUCCGAAAUAUCCAAACCGGUACCUACAUCUCUGUGCGGGGAGGAGUUCAUGGCGGUGCUGCCGUCUCAGCCGGACUGUUUCCUACAGCAUGGCAACUUAACACCGUGAAAGUGGAUGACGAAAAUGCUAAAAUGAUUGAAUUGUGGAAGCCGGUUUUCAUUCAACACAUCUACCACUCCGCUUUGCCGGAGCGUGCUGGUGAAGACGACGAAACAUCAAGCACCACUACUAUCGAUGCUGCUGAUGUGCCAGAAGGAGGCGAGCUUGUCUUGGUUACGACCACUACUACAAGAACGGUGGUCACAAAGGUGCCGAAACCGUGGAGUAAAGGUCCUAGGGCUUAG